CCCAGAAUGGAGAAGGUGGCAAUGAAGAUAUUGAUUAUGUUUGCUCUUGGAAUGAAUGACUGGUUUUGCUCAGGUUUCCCAGUGUACGACUACGAUCCGGCCUCCUUGAGGGAAGCCCUCGGUGCCUCUGUGGCAAAAGUGAAUUCCCAGUCACUGAGUCCAUUCCUGUUUCGGGCGUUCCGAAGCUCAUUACAGACAGUUGAGGUCCUGGGUGAGGACAACUUGAUCAUGACAUUGGCGUUCAACAUUCGAGAAACUACAUGUAGGAGAGAGUCCAGAGAAGACCCCUCUGCAUGUGCCUUCCAAGGGGGCUACUACAUGCCAACAGCUGUUUGCAGAAGCACUGUGCAGAUGUCUGCCGACCAGGUGCAGCAUGUACAGGUUCGCUGCCACUGGUCCUCCUCGUCCGAGUCUCACAGCAGCGAAGAGAUGAUUUUUGGGGACAUGUUGGGAUCCCCUCCAUGGAGAAACAAUUAUACACUUGGUCUCAUUUCUGACGAAUCCAGAAGUGAACAAUUUUAUGAUUGGUCACUUGAGAUCAUGAGAAGGGCUUUUCCUCCUCGAAAUAGAAGGUUCCCGAACUACCAGCACAGAGCAAGAAUAAAUACUGGCUUUGAGUAA